AUGAACCACACAGUGGAGGAAGGUGUAAUUUCUUCCCCCUGCUAUAACUUGAGCAGGUAUCCCCCAAACCUGAACUGUUCAUAUGUCAUAGACGUCAGCGGAGCUCUUUCAGUUUCGCUGACUUUUGUCAACACCAGCUUGGAGCCAUACAACGGGUCGUGUCCGUAUGACUUCUUGGAGAUCAUCAACAACAACAAAAACAACAGCGGGAUGAAGUACUGCGGUGUUGAAUCGGGGAAUAAAACAUUUACCAUAUCUUCCCUACCGAUAGUCAUAAGAUUAAAAACGGACGAGUCUUCGUAUAGCUCUGGGUUCAUGUUAAAAUACAAGGCAGAGAUGCCAACCACAACGUCGACAACAACAACAACUACUACCACUACAACUACUACUACAACUACAACAACAACUACUACUACUACUUCUACGCCGACAACAACCAAACCAACAACGCCACCAACCACAAUUUCUUCAACGACGACACCACUUACAACAAUGGUGCCAACAACAAUGCCAGUGCUGGAGGUAUCAACCAUGAAUCCACUUUGUGGUGAGAACUACUUUGUCAACACGUCCGGAACUAUCCUGUCACCCGGUUAUAGGCAAGGGCAGUACCCGGUAGAUCUACGUUGUGUGUAUGUGAUCAAUAUUACAGGUAAGCCAGGAACACAUGUUGAGAAUUAA